UUGCUGGUUUGGUCUCUUUAGAAGGGGAGAUAAGAAAGCUGUGCGUGUGAGAGCUGAGAGAAAGAGAGCAGAAGGUCUGUGUGGCAUAAUAGUGUGAUAAGAGGGAAAGGAAUAUAAACAGUUGCUUGUUAUAAGAGGCCUUGCCUCAGUUUGACAGAGGACAGUGUUUUUGCCCCUCACUAACAGACUGAACCCACAGACUGUUGUUCUGCCAGCGGAGUUUAUAGAGCCCUGAUCAUGUGAUUCUGUUCACUGUCUGCACUUUGAUCAGAGAGUGUAGCUUAUGUAGUCUACAAGUAGAGUUAUCAUGCAUUGAAGAGACUUCUCUAAUGUAAUCUCUUUCUCUUCUCCCUCCCGCUACCAUCGCCCACCAUCAGUCUCUCUCUCUUCCCUUUUCUCAGGUUGAGACAACAGGACCGUUGGCGGCCUCCACUUCUUCAUCGAGGGUAGAAACUUAGAAAGACAGAAGGAAACAAGUAACUGUUUCUCCCUGCAAUUUCUCUGUCUCUGCUCCUGUUCAGCAUCUCAUCUAUGGAACAUCUACUGAGGACUCCUGCAGGAUUUUACCUCAACAAUUUAACCAACUAGCCAAGCCAACACUCACUCUUCUGAGAGGUCAAGCCACUGCGCUGGAGUGAGGAACGAGUUACUAGCCAGCUAUUUAACUGAAGUUACUUUCAUUUAGACAGUUUAGUCACUGUGCUGUUCAGGCAUGCAGUUAAGAGUGACUCAUCCUCAGGAGGACCUGUGAGAAACGGACAGGGGGAAGCUUUUGAUACAACUCUCUCUGCUCUGGAACUUCUGGAACACAGAACCUGUGAUUUGACACCUGUAACUUCGAUUCGGUGCUCUGGAACUUAGAACGUGUUGUGUGAAACUGUUGGACAUCUGAUGUGGAAUACUGGGAUGAUGACAUCGUAGACCUGUUAUUGGAGUAUUCUGGAAUGUCUUCCAUGCUGCAGCAGACGGAACUCAUCUUUGAGUUUGCCAGCGACCACGUGAACAAUGGACUACAGCUGGAUGAGCACUUGGCCUAUCCUGCAGUGAUAGUGGAGCAGAUCCCACAAUCCCACCUGCUCUCCUACACAGGCCUGGCCUGUGAGCAGACACACACAGAAGACCACCUGCUAACAACAGUGGAGGACAGUGAGAGUGGAGAUGAGGAAACCAUGGAAACACUGGUGGCAGCUGAGACUCUCCUCAACAUGGACUCCCCUGACUCCCUCUCUCUGGACCAACAGCACUACACCCAGCUGUACGUCCCCGCCCUGGGUGAUGUCAUCACGUCACCCGUUACCCACCAGUUGACGGUGUCAGCGGAAGGCCUUGUGGGAGCUCUGGGCCAGCCCCAGUGGGUCACGCUGCAGAGGGAGACUGUUGCUGAGCAACCAAAGAAGAAGAGAGCUAAGAAAUCCAAAAGGCCUGAAUCUCCCACACCGGACAUCACAUUCAAGAGGGGCAAAUACAGCAAAGGUAACACUAUGUUCUUGUGGCAGUUCCUGAUUGAGCUUCUCCAGGACAGACAGGCCUGCCCACGUUACAUCAAAUGGACCAAUCGGCAUGCAGGGAUCUUUAAGCUGGUCAACUCCAAGGCUGUGGCCAGACUCUGGGGCAAACACAAGAACAAACCAGACAUGAACUAUGAGACCAUGGGCCGAGCACUCAGGUACUACUACCAGCGUGGGAUUCUGAACAAGGUAGAGGGUCAGAGGCUGGUCUACCAGUUUGCCUCUCUGCCCAAAGACAUGGUCUUCAUCAGUGACGACGAAGACCAGGAGGACCAAGACAAUCAUGAGGAAGAAGAGGACGAUGAUGAUGAUGGCAUCCCAGAUGACCCAGAGGGCAGUCUGCCCUACAGCGACCAAUCCCUGGACGAUUUAGGGUCCUACGAGCAUUCUUUCCUUCCCCCUCCCCAGGCUACCAGAGGCUACCAUAGGUCCAGACAGACCAGCAUAGGUCCAGCAGCAGCCCAGCGGCGCCGACCCGGCCCAAAACCCAAGACCCAAACCCCAGCCCCGUCCUUAGUCCAUCGCAGGACAGUCCUCCGGCCACCAGGGGGCAGUCUGAUCCAGCAGCAGCAUCUGCCUAUAGUCUCAGCUGAGAUGCUGCGGACCCUGCAGAACGUGCAGUCUCUGCAGCCUGGUCAGCAUGGGUCAGUCUUCAGAACUGCUCAGCUGCUGGGGAGUCUGUGUGAGAGACAGGCUGCAAGUGCAGAACAGACCACCAGUCAGAUAGUGACUCUGCAGUUACAGCCCUCCACUGAUUGUGGAGUAGGAUGCCCCGAGACAGCUGAUCAGUAUCAGCCACUUGCCCCAUAGCCAAGACGACUGCAGAAGACAAUGAUUUUCAAAGGGAGACUUUAGAGAAAGAUGUUGGACAGUUGUGAUGUAAAUUUGAUUUAUUUUACAGAUGUGACAGACCUGGAUGGUCUUUCUCUCACUCUUACAUUCCCUUAUGCACCAGAGCAAUUCUUACAGAGUUAACCAAACUGUCUUCCAUGUUGGCACCAAACACUCCAUGUCGAUAACAUUCCUAAUCGGCAUUCUAACAAGAAUGUAAUUGUCUUAGAAUUAUUGAUUCCAACAUGGCAGACAUUCUAAUUGCCGACCAAAGACAUGCACUGGAUUCUACAGCCUUGCUGCAGAGCAUCUGCACUGCUCUAUCUCUGUUCGCAAUUCAGCUCCACUGAAUGCAUGGGAGCUCGUGCGCUGUUCUUGUUCUCUCAAUGUUCUUUUCUCCGCCAUGACCAGUGCUUUGCACUAUUAACAUGUACCAUGUCUUUGUCACCACUCUCUCACCUACCAAAGUGCCUCAAAUAUUCAAACAAUCAUUUUCCAGCUUUCACCAAAGGCAGUCUUAAUCUGUAGCACGCUAGCUUCAACAUAUUGCUCCUUAACAUUCUUAUUUAUGUGUGUGUCAGUUGUUGAUCUUCCACGUAAACACACUCUCAUACUGUCACCCACACCAGUAGAAGACCCACCAUCAGUGCUUGAGGUAAACGUGUCCUAGUCGAUGUGUUCAGGGAGUACAUUCCAUAGAGAUGACACAUCGCACGGAUUGUGGUUCUAGUGUUUGUCGGCAGAUCAUUCAACGUGCUGUGUUGUAGGGACCACCCGCUGUAGACAUCUGACUGCCUACAUUUUCCACAGGAUUCUACAUGUGAAAUGGUUAAUUACGUUCAGAGAUGCUAAGUACUCUCGGCCAGCAAACACUACUGGUGUGUCUGAGCCCUUAACUUUACAGGCUUUCGGUUAUUCUUGACGCACGGAUCCCUUUAGCGGGAUCAUUUUCGUAAACAACCGCUGAAUUGCAGAGAGCCAAAUUCAAAAAAUAUUUAUAAUCAUUAAAUCACAAGUGAAAAAUACCAAAACAGCUUAGCUUGUUGUUAACCCACCUAUCGUGUCAGAUUUUGAAAAUAUGCUUUACAGCGAAAGCAAUCCAAGCGUUUGUGAGUUUAUCAAUCACUAGACAAAACAGUAAGAACAGCUAGCCGCAAAUUAGCUUGGUCACGAAAGUCAGAAAAGCAAUAAAAUGAAUCGCUUACCUUUGAUGAUCUUCGGAUGUUUGCACUCACGAGACUCCCAGUUCACAAUAACCAAAAACCUCCAUUUGGUUUGCGCGUUAUGUUCAGAAAACCACAGGCUCGUGCCGGUCCUGAAGGGCAGACGAAAAUUCCAAAAAGUAUCCGUAAUGUUCGUAGAAACAUGACAAACGUUUUUUAUAAUCAAUCCUCAGGUUGUUUUUAACAUACAUAAUCGAUAAUAUUUCAACCGGACGGUAAACUAUUCAAUACUACAGAGAAAGAAAAUGUCGAGCUACAACUCUCCAGCGCAUGAACUAAUCAAAGGACACCUGACGCAAUUUGAUAAAUCUCGCUCAUUUUUCAAAAUAAAAGCUUGAAACUAUGUAUAAAGCCUAGUCACAGCCUGAGGAAGCCAUUGGAAAAGGAAUCUGGUUGAUACCCCUUUAAAUGGAGGAUGGGCAGGCAAUGAAACAGGGAUUUUUCCAAAUAAAAGGCACGGUGGGUUGGAUUUCUUCAGGUUUUCGCCUGCAAAAUCAGUUCUGUUAUACUCACAGACCAUAUUUUGACAGUUUUGGAACUUUUAGAGUGUUUUCUAUCCUAAUCUGUCAAUUAUAUGGAUAUUCUAGCAUCUGGGCCUGAGAAAUAGUCCGUUUACCUUGGGAACGUUAUUUUUCCAAACAUAAAAUAGUGCCCCCUAGCUGAAAGAGGUAGAGAAUACAAAUAAAUACAAAUCAAAAGGCAUUUUCUGUUUCAUUUUUGCAGCGGUACUGUUGGCUUUACAGCUUCUCAAUCUCGAUGUUGACGCUUUUAAGAGAGAGUAAACGCACUUCUGCCGUUGGUAGUUGCCCAAUGACCCUGAUCUAAGGUUUUCCCUGGUCAUCAUUUGGGGACAGUAAGCUGAUCCUAGAUCUGCCCCUAUGGGCAACUCCUAACCAGAGCCCUUCUGCCAGCAAUCCUGUUAGCGUUCCUGAUAUGCUGUAAUAGUUAUACAUGUGCUUUCCUGGACCAUAUAUGCCUUGAUAUAUAAAUAUAUGUGUUUGUGAACAUGUGACUUAACACUUUUUCUGUCAGCUGUUAAUCUGUGUUUAUUCGCUGCACAAACACAGUAUAUACCAUCCCAAUUCCCAAAUGUACUCAUCUAUGCAAAGAAGUAUGAUGAUGUUGCUCCUCAGGCAUAGACUCUGAUCUAUGGUUAGUUUUGCUGAUCCUACAAGGAUGGCUUAUAUAUAUCCUAAUAAAAAGCACAUUUUCCCAUGCAAUCUUUUCCUUUGAUAAUAUUGCCUUAUGCUUCUUUGCUUUUGCUGGAAGUCUCUGAUAUAUUUGUUACUGCUAUUGUGUGAGGAACUAAUUGUGAAAAUACUGUACCAGGCUUUUAUACUAUAUGCAAUGUAUUGAUGUUCAUGCAGAUGUUUUCAUGCAAUUUAUACAGAAGGAGUAGAUAAAAUAGGAAUUAUUAAACUUGUUUUCAAGAAAUAAAAGUUUUAAUUUUGAAUGAA